AUGUUGGCCGUUGGAGUCGGUAAGAAGAGCAGGUCUGUGCCGGUGAUGGCUCGGGGAGCUGCAGGGUUCCGAGCAUGGGACACGGGUAAGGUCUUUGGGAUACCCCUCCCUAGAGAGGGUGAGGACCAAGGGCCAUCUGGACAGGGGGGGAAGGGCCGAACUACGGGAGUCGAGUCGUCGUCGUCAUCGUAUGGCCAGCAGCAGUUCAGGCAACAGAGAGAUGCCGUUGUAGAGUUAUAUCCGUCCCAUAUGAUUACCCCGGACAUCACCAACAUGCCCCUAGAGGAGCCGGUUAAGCGACCGGACCUGUGGUUGCCUAGAAAGGGUGGUGGAGGGGAGGAGUAUUUUCCCAAGGCGUCUGAUGUGGGGCGUUUCCUGCGGCUUCCUCGAGAUGAACUUAUGGAGCUGCUUCCGGAGGGAAUGGGUGGGGAGUUGCCUCGCGAUAUCAUGCUGAUAAAAAGCAGACAGCGGGACCUCGGAAUAAUGCUACGGAAGGUCACAUUAGAGUUGAUGCAGCAGCUGCGGUGCCUGAGGGAUAAGGAGGCCUUCCAGAGUUCAAGGGGAUGGUUAUUGGAUGGGAAGAGAGGUUCUGGGAAAUCGGGGGUGUUGAACUACAUCGUGUGUUGGGCGCGCCUUAAUGGGUGGUUGGUGAUCUACGAGCCGCUCCUGUCUCGGUACAAUAGGGAAAUUGCCGAGAUCAAGCGGAGCAAUGCGGGGUUGUAUAUUCAAAAUGAGUUUAGUCAGCAGUUUUUGGAAAGAACGUCAAUUCGCAAUAGAGAAUUCUUCGAGCAAAUGCCGGUGGAUAUGAAGGUGUAUGGGAGAAGGGCGUUGGAUGGCAAUGAUUUGAACUUCACGAGGCGGUUGUAUUCUCCGUUGAUUGAGAAGGCGGUUCAUAAGGAGCUCGUGAUUAAGUUCGGAGAUGGUAUCGAUUUGGAACAGCUCACCACCGAGCAGAUAGAGUACAAGCUCGAGAGGAUGGCCCACUAUCGUAGGGAUGUGAAGAUACCGUCAAUGACGACCCCUUUGCCGGAGCCGAAGACCUUGUGGGAAAUAGUGGACUUUGCGUUGGACAACCAGGCUUAUGCUUGUCAGGCUGUAUAUGAGCUUUUCGAGCAGUUGAAAGUACAGACAAAGUUCCCACUCCUCAUCGUAUGUGACGAGUGGUGUGAGGCUUUCCCUGUGUCGCACUAUGUGUCUAUGAGGUAUGAUAACACGAUAUACAACGGUUACAUUCCGGCUUACCAUCUUACGAUGUCUAGGCUGUUCUCGAAGUGGGACGGGGAAGAGUAUAAACGUGGUGUUAAACUGUAUGGGACAUCAUGGCGGUUUAGAAAUCGGAGAGACUAUCGACCAGAGUUGUGUGGGGUGAGGGACGAUGAAAUUAAAACAGUGCGCAACUUUAGCAAGCACGAAUUUGCGAAUUAUGUCGGCUAUUAUCGGCUGAUGAACAUCUUGUUCAACUUCCCCAGAGACAAACUCGAGUAUUUCUAUAUGCUUUCUCAAGGGAAUGGCUUCCAGGCUCGACGUUUGCUUAUCACGCUGUAUUGA